UCACAAUAAGUUGCUAUUUGAAGUUCACAGAGUGCAGACGCAGUCAUGGCGCCGAAAGGAGCGGAGAAUAGCGAAAUAGCCUACCGACGGGCUAUGGAGAAAAAGACCCAUGUAACGUUCCCUCAACUAAAGUACCCGUCGUUAAGGGAUACCGGUUUAAAAGACUCGGUACAAUGGCUGGAGGGAAAGGCGAUGGAUGACGGGGCGGAGGGGUUAUGGCGUGUGCAUAGUGGUCUAUACGAUUUAGAUUCGUUUAUCAACAAACAUCCUGGUGGCGCGGAUUGGUUGGAGCUUACUAAGGGUACUGAUAUCACAGAAGCAUACGAGUGCCAUCAUUUUAGUAAAUCUGUCGACACAAUUUUAACAAAAUACUACGUAAGAGACGCAAAAACGCCAAGAAACUCCCCGUUCACUUUCGAUGACAAUGGAUUUUUUCGGUCACUGAAGAGAGCUGUUGCUAAGGAAUUACCCAAGAUUCCAAAAAAUGUUACUAAACAGUCGGACAGGAUUAUAGAUGGCUUAUUCGCAGCCUAUUUACUUUUAGCAGCUUUCUCAUGCUAUACAAAAGUAUCCAUACUAGCGAAUUUGUCAUGGAUGCUCGCUUCAUUAAUGCUCGCGUGGACAGUAGUUGCAUCUCAUAAUUACAUACACAGGAGGUCAAAUUGGAGGAUGCACCUUUUUUCAAUGAGCAUGUGGUCUUACCGGGACUUUAGAGUAUCGCAUGUGCUAUCUCAUCAUCUGUAUCCUAAUACUCUAAUGGAUUUGGAAAUCAGUGCCUUUGAGCCUUUGGUAUAUUGGACUCCAAGAAAAGAGAAGCCUUUCUUUUCCAAAUACUUCGCAUUUCUAAUUGAACUUUUAUACUUCCCCUUUAAAUAUUUAAUCGACUUCUUUAUAAGGAACUUAUCGGCCAUAUUCCGAAAAGACUAUUUCAAGAAGCACUGGCGCAUCACGGACUUGGUCGGUUUUCUGGUGCCAUUAUGGAUGUGGGUGGUCAGCGGAGCUACUUUCUAUCACGUGUUUACCACUUGGUUGUGUAUCAUUGCCGGGGCAAGCUUGACCUUCUACAAAAUUGGUUCCAAUGCAGCCCACCACCACCCUGAUAUUUGGAAAGAUGGCGACCAGCCCAGCUACGGCACGGAAACUCCGGACUGGGGCGUCCACGAGCUGGAAGCUGUCAUGGACCGCGAAGACAUCAACCGCGGCCACUUCACAAUCAUGACGUUUUUCGGCAACCACGCGCUGCACCAUCUCUUCCCAACUUUGGACCACGCGACACUAACAUACCUGUACCCCAUAUUCAUUGAAUACGCUCAGAAAUUUAGAGCCAACUUCAGAUUGACGAACCAAUUUGAUCUGUUCAUUGGACAGUACAAAUGCGCUUAUAAAACAGAGUUUAAAAUUAUUGACAAGAAAGAAAACUAGACUAUUGAUGAAGCUGUCCAUAAGAAUUGUACUAAGUAGUUUUUUAUUCGUAUAA